UUAUUCAUACGACCAAAUAAUUUCAGUGAUACAAUUAUGCGUGAAUUCACGGCGCUGCUGAACCAGGUGAAUAAUUCAUUCGAUCAUUUUCGGGCCGAAUUAUCCGCACUGAUUUUUCCAGUUUUCGCGCAUCUUUAUAUCCAGCUUAUUGCAGAUGGACAUACCCUACAGGCAGCAGCAUUUAGCGAGAAAUUUGCACGGCAUGUUCCGUCGAUGUACGAGGAGCCAGUGAAAUCACUCACACGUAUCACAACGCAUAGCCAAGCUGCUAACCAUCAUCUUGUUCAGGCAUUAACGUAA